UUUCUCGCGCGUCCUCGUCAGUUAUCCCACGCACACUCGUUUCUUUCCGACGCCCAAAGAAAAAUAAAACAAAAUCACGCGACUCAUUCCUCCAUCUUCUCCCCUUAUUGUUUCUUAAUCUCGAUCCCAUCUCCUCUUGUCUUCUCCGUUUCCGCGCCCAACUCCGUUCGGUCUCGGGGAUCCGAUCCUCCGUCGUAGCUCGGGUUUUAAUUCGAAUGCUUAGGCUGCGCCGAUGGGAACUGGUUUCGGGUUAAACGGCAUCCAUUUCCAUGAUCAUGAUCCAUAUAUAUAUUUUGAAUGCGUGCAGCAUGUGUGCUCUCGAAUUGCUUCUUCUGGUUGGAUCGAGUUUGCUCUUUUCUUGCGUUCUUCAUUUCUUCUUCUUUAUGGAAUGCUAGGUUUUGGAUUUCUUGUGUUCGUGAGCCAUAGAUUUUGUUGGGAUUGCAUGGACCAGUACGAGAAGGUGGAGAAGAUUGGGGAAGGGACCUACGGAGUGGUGUACAAGGCUCGAGACCGUCUCACCAAUGAGACGAUAGCUCUGAAAAAGAUUCGCCUGGAGCAACAAGAUGAGGGAGUUCCCAGCACAGCCAUAAGAGAGAUCUCGCUCUUGAAGGAAAUGCAGCACAGCAACAUAGUCAGGUUGCAAGAUGUAGUUCACAGUGAGAAACGGAUUUACUUAGUUUUUGAAUAUCUGGACUUGGACUUGAAGAAACACAUGGAUUCCUGUCCAGAGUUUGCUAAAGAUCCUCGUCUAGUUAAAAAAUAUCUCUAUCAGAUACUCUGUGGCAUUGCCUACUGUCAUACUCAUAGGGUUCUUCACCGGGAUCUGAAACCGCAGAAUUUGUUGAUAGAUCGCCGUACAAAUGCUUUGAAGCUUGCAGACUUUGGACUAGCCAGGGCUUUCGGCAUUCCUGUCCGGACAUUUACUCAUGAGGUAGUGACGCUCUGGUACAGAGCACCAGAAAUCCUACUUGGAUCCCGGCAUUACUCCGCACCUGUUGAUGUGUGGUCGGUUGGCUGUAUUUUUGCUGAAAUGGUGAAUCAGAGGCCAUUAUUCCCAGGAGAUUCUGAGAUUGAUGAAUUGUUUAAGAUAUUCAGAGUACUUGGUACCCCAAAUGAGGAAACUUGGCCAGGGGUCACUUCCUUAGCUGACUUCAAGUCUGCCUUCCCCAAGUGGCCUCCGAAGGAUCUGGAAACAAUAGUCCCAAAUCUUGAACCGUCUGGAAUUGAUCUUCUCUCUAAAAUGCUUCACUUGGAACCAAGUAAAAGAAUCACAGCUCGGAAAGCUCUGCAGCAUGAGUACUUCAAGGAUCUUGGAUUGGUACCAUGACUCACUCUUUUCCGUACAUUAUAUCAGCAAGUAUGUCAGAUGUUUUGCAGCUUUAUCCUUGUGUUUCUGUGAGGUUGGUUUGUAAUUCCUUUGUUUUCAUUUCUUUAUCUUGCUUCCUGGACUUUAUGGAGAGCUGAUGCUUGGGUUUUCCUGUACUCAGAUAGCAUGAAAGCAUCUCCUCUUUUCUUCCUGUGUUUGAGGAUAUACAGAAUGUCAUUUGCUAUGUAGAUUUCUGGCUUUCAUGCUGAAAUCACGAUAAAACACAUUUGAAGGAUCAAGGCACUUGAAAACUCCCUGCCCGAUUCCUAUUGCUGCCAAACAAGAAAACUUUAUAUUUCCACUCUA